AGAGCGCCCGGGAGGAAGUGGGUUUUGCGCACACUCCCUGUUGACUCCAGUGCCCCCUGCUGGCGCCAGACGUGGGACCUCCGCGAAUCCGGGCACAGCUGCCCAACGGCCAGACGCAGACGCAGGGCCCGCCGUGCUUUGGCGCCGCGCCGGGACACCCCGCCCGUCCCCCAGGUGUGACCUAUCAACAGCAACUUCGUGGCGUGGCGCACUGUCUGUGGAAAAACGUGAGUUCAAGCCCUGAGUCCUCGCUGCCCCACAAGGUGACCUUGGGCUUGUGCGCUGGCACCGCCCCUGUCCCCAGUCCCUGUUUUUUCUCCGGAAAUGGGUCAAAGACCAAAGAAAAUGAUAUUCCCCACUUGGGUCACCCCGAGCUGCCUGCCCUGGAACACUGGCCGCAGUUGAGGUGGUGUGUCUGUAGCGAUGCUUUGAACCGCGGCGGCGCUCGGUGGUGGGAGCUCCUCAGGGUGGGUGCGCAUUCGCAGUGCGGUAGGUGCUCUGGGACUCGGCCCCUCUGAAGGUGCUGGGGGUUGGGAAUGGCCCACCCAGUGGCGUAGGCAUCCUAGGAAGGCGGGAGCAGACGCAGAAAUGUGGCUGCAGGACGGUAGUCAGGGUCCUUGACCACAGGGGUCACUUGUGACGGAGCACAUGGUCUGUUGUUCCUGUUGCACCCUGGUUGAGCCCAGGAGACACUGGUGCUCAGGUUUGGAGCUAGGGAUUUGCACUGAAAGGGUGGUAUUAAGUGUCCGGUUGUCAGUUGCCUCAGCAGUAUUUGCAGAGGUUUUCACAGGAGGCCGUUGUUUCGUAAAUAUUAUACAUGUGUCCUUGUCUUUGGAGCAUCUUGAUUAUUACUCUCAAAUAUGCGUGGAAGCAGGUGACUGAGACCUAGAAAUCAAGUGUUGGAGGUCCUGAGGCCAGCCAGAAUCGCUUCAAAAUGGAACGAAGGCAUCUGCGGACUUGCAUUCAGAGCCGGUUCAUCAGCAUGAGCAUGUGGACGAGCCCACGGAGACUUGUGGACCUGGCAGGGCAGAGCCUGCUGAAGAAUGAGGCCCUGGCCAUCGCUGCCCUGGAGAUGCUCCCCAGGGAGCUCUUCCCGCUGCUCUUCACGGCAGCCUUUGAUGGGAGACACGACCAGACCGUGAAGGCGAUGGUGCAGGCCUGGCCCUUCACCUGCCUCCCUCUGGGAGUGCUGAUGAAAGGAGAGCAGCUUCUCGUGGACACCUUCAAAGCUGUGCUUGAUGGAGUUGAUAUGCUGCUUGCCCAGGACGUUCGCCCCAGGAGGUGGAAACUCAGAGUGCUGGAUUUACGAAAGAAUUCUCAUCAGGACUUCUGGACCGUUUGGUCUGGAAAAAGGGUCAGUCUGUGCUCAUUUCCAGAGCCAGAAGCAGCUCAGCCCGUGAGAAAGAAGCGAAAAGUAGAUGGUUCGAGCACAGAGGCAGAGCAGCCCUUGACUCCGAUGGAGGUUCUCGUAGACCUGUCCCUCAAGGAAGGUGCCUACGAUGAAUUGUUCACGCACCUGAUUGAGAUAGUGAGGCGGAAGAAAGAUGUCCUACACCUGUGCUGUAAGAGGCUGAAGAUUUUUGCAAUGCCUGUGCACAAUAUCAAGAUGAUCCUGAAAAUGGUGCAGCUGGACUCUAUUGAAGAUUUGGAAGUGACUUGCACUUGGAAACUACCCACCUUGGCGAAAUUUUCUCCUCACCUGAGCCAGAUGAGUAAUCUGCGUAGACUACUCCUCGCCCACAUCCAUCCGUCGUCUUUCAUUUCCCCAGAGAAGGAGGAGCAGUGUAUCACCCAGUUCGUCUCUCAGUUCCUCAGUCUCCACUGCCUCCAGGACCUUUACGUGGACUCUCUAUUUUUCCUCAGAGGCCGCCUGGAUCAGUUGCUCAGAUGCAUGAUGAACCCCUUGGAAACCCUCUCGAUAACUAACUGCUGGCUUUCAGAAGAAGAUGUGACACAUCUGUCCCAGAGCCCCAGCAUCAGUCAGCUGAGUGUCCUGAGUCUAAGUGGGGUCAUGCUGACCGAUAUGAAUCCUGAGCUCCUCCAAGCUCUGCUAGAGAGAACCUGCGCCACCCUGCAGGACCUGGACUUGGAUGAGUGUGGGAUCACGGAUACUCAGCUCCUUGUUCUUCUGCCUUCCCUGAGCCACUGCUCCCAGCUUACCACCUUGAGCUUCUGUGGGAAUCCCAUCUCCAUGUCUGUCCUGGAGAGCCUCGUUCACCACAUCAUCGGGUUGAAUAAUCUGAGCCACGUGCUGUAUCCUGUCCCCAUGGAGAGUUAUGAGGACGUCAAUGGCACCCUCGACCUGGGCAGACUUGCCUUUCUGCACAACAGGCUUAGGGAGUUGCUGUGCGAAUUGGGGCGGCCUGGCAUGGUCUGGCUCAGUGCCAACCCUUGUCCUCACUGUGGGGACAGAACCUUCUAUGACCCAGAUCCCAUCCUGUGCCCCUGCUUCAUGCCUGCCUAGCUGGGUGCACAUGUCAAAUGCUUCAUUCUGCAUACUUGGACACUGAAGCCCAGGAUUCAAGUGCAUCUUGAAGCAACACAACAGCCACAGUUUGAGACAAAUGUUCAGUGGG